GGAUGCCGAGGCCGCCGUUGUGAGGGCUGCUGACGAGGCCGUCGAGAAAUUCCUGGCCGAGGGGUGGAAGGCCGAUGAGAGGCUCCCCUGGUGCUACGAGGUGGUGGCCGCCAGGCUUGAGAGUUGGGGGAUGAACUCCCCCGCCGGCCAGGAGUAUUUCAGCCGAGAGAUGUCCGUGUAUUAUAACCUUGGCCAGGAGCGGAUGCAAAGGCUCCUGUGUCGGCGGCUCUCUCGUGCUUUGAAAGCCAUGAACUACACGUCUGGGUGGGCUAGACGGAACCUGAAGCUGCCGAAGCUGAUGAAGGAUCCAGAAGAGCAGGCAAAGCUUCCGUUGUCGGAGCGCG